UCAAAAAACAAAAUUCCCUGUGCAAUCACACUGACAGGUGACAAAGUGCAACAACAAAUUUAUUUCUGUACAAAGUAUAUUUAAUUUAAUUUAUUUAAACUUUCUUAAGACAGUAAAACGCAUUUAUCGAAUUCGCGGUGAAAUGUUCAUCAAGUUUUAUCGACCAAACUAGUCACGUUCGUUUUAAACAUCACAACGUCAGAUUAAAUGGCUUACAAAUCAAAUCAAGAGCAUUCUAGUUACAUGGAUGGUGUGAAAGUGAAAAUUUCAGAACGUUAUAAACCUCCACCGAAAAUAACGUUACCGAUGGCAUAUUCACAACGAAUAGAAGUGAACAAACAAAUUCGCGAUAACAUUCCAAUUUACAAUUUUAGUUUAGAGCGAACGGUUAAAGAGAAAAUGAAGGAGUGGAAAGAGGCGCGUGAAAAAAUGAUAAUGGAACAGAAGGAAAGAAUCGAACGUAUAAAAGAGGCGAAAGAGAAAGAAAAAAAUAUAGAAAUAGAAUUAAGAAAAAAGAAAACGGACGAAGAGGAUAAGAUGGAGAAAGGAAUAACUACGAAAAGUGAGAACGACUUUUCAAAUAAUUAUAAUAAUUUAAGAGAUUCAUCGAUGUUAAAACCAACUCAAGCGAAUGCUAAUAUUUUAACACCCACUCCGUUAGGAAAUUUAACGCUUGGUUCUUAUACGUGUAAAACGGUAGAUAAAAGUCCGUUUAACAUUUCAGAUUUUGAUCCAGAUACGUCUAGUCCGUUUGAUAAUAUGGCUUUAAAAACUAUAAACGAUAUGGCAGAAUUAGCUUUGGUGUUACAGAAUGAAGAAAAAAUUAUACCAACCUCUUCUUUGUAUUCUUAUAAUAAUCCCGCUGUAUAUACACAAACUUAUCCUAACAAUACACAAAGUUAUUUAUAUCAACCUUCAACCUCAUCAAAUGCAUACAAUUUUCCAAAUUCAACAAAUAAUACUUACCAAACGACCACUAUUACAACGCCUAGUAAUGGUUUAUUGAAAUAUUAUGAUCAUUUAAAUCCGAAUUUUGGACAUCCAAUUAAUUAUGGGAAAAUGGUUGACAAUAAUAUUAAAAUUAAUAAUACUGUCCAACUUAAUAGCACAGUGCCUGAUAUCAUGAAGGCUUUGCAAACCGAAAUUGAUAAUAAAUACUUAAAUUUGAAUAAUGUUACUUCUAUCAAUAAAUCUAGUCAGUUAGUCGAUUCUUUAUUACAAAAUGAGGCGAAAGUUGAAGAUGAAACGUUUAAGAACAUGCCAGGAGACUUACAAAAAAUGGCUAAAGAAAUUAAUUCCAUGGGAUUUCCUUUAGAUCGAGUUAUUCGCGUUUGUAAAAUAAUUGGAGAUGAUCAUAAAAAGAUUGUAGAGCACCUUUUGGCACUAUCCGACUUAUUAGAUUUGGGAUUUCCUGAACAAGACGUAUCGAAAGCUCUUUUAGAAUGCAACAAUGAUAGAGAUAAAGCUUUGGAUCGGCUGAUAUUGUAAUAACGACUGCGUAUUUCCACAUUUUUUUUUUGUUUUAAUUAACGUAUGGUAUAUUUCGUAAUUAUUUAUUUUGUACAUAAAGCGAUAAGAAACGAACUCAUUCGCCCACACACACACACCUGAUUAUACUAAAUAAUAAUUAUCAUCGAAUAAUUAAAAUCGUUUUUAUCUGUAUAUUUGUGAUUAUCUUGAAAACACUACAUAAAAGGGGUAGAUGUAUGUAAAGGGAUAAAAGAUAUUAUUUAUAUUAAAAGAGACUUAAUAAAUGUUUAAAACAAUUUCAUUUGGA